CAUUCACUUCCUCAACCACAUUCAUACCAUCCAUACUAUUUGCACUGAGCCUCACAACCUUAAAAAACAAACUCCCCAAAAUGACAGAAAAUGCGGAUACAUCCAUGUCGAAUACCAAUGAUGCAACAGCAGCAACUACAACUACAACUACAACCACAGUCACCACAGCAACCACAACAAAGGUGAAAAAGUCACAUGAGCUAGUCACAGCUACCAUCAAAUCUCCAAGAUAUUCCUAUGCACAUCUAGAGCUUUUCAGUGACACAGCCAACCCUGGCGAUCUGGAUGCCCUACAAGUACGCUCCUACUGCACAUCUGCCCUCAAGCAAUUCCUAGGUACUACUGGUGUGGGCAUUCCUAUCGACAUCCUCAAAGUAGAAGGGAAGUGUUGCUGGUUGAGAUUGCCUCGAGACGACCUGCCUGCAUUUUCUGCCGCCAUCACAGCUUGGCAAGGAUCUUUCCAGGACCGUAUUCAUUCUUCACUUCGAAUUAAAGGAUGCUCUGACUGGCUUGGGUCCCUAGUAGGCAGGGAUAGCGAAGACAAGCUAUGGUCUGCCUGAAGGUCAAUAUUAAACAGUAAACAAACAAAUACUUAAUCACUAUUAUUGCAUCUCGAGACUGCUAGGUGGGAAGAAAAACGCCAGGAAGAAGUCAUUAUCAUUGGUACCGCCAGUAUUGGUAUAUAUUCCCCCCUCCCUUCCCUCUCCAAUAUCCUACAACGCCAAUGCUUCCCCCAAUGAUAUACCUAAUGCCAUAUAUGCGAAAAUGCCAUCUUAUGCCGUCUUAUGCCA